GUCUCCACGCGGUAGGUGGCGCUUUCUAGCUAUCUUAACUCGACCCGGAUGUGGACGUAAGGAAGGACACAGUUAUCAAUGAUGGCGGAAUAUUGAUGACAUUAAACCAGAUAUUCUUACAAAUAUUACUAUUUCUUGAACAAACUGGCAAAAAAGAACUUUGUUGGACGUUUUUAAUCUUCAUAGUAGUAGUUAUCACCGGUUUCACAAAAGCAAAGGGUUUAAAAUGUCAGAAAUGCGUGUUUUGCAUCAACGGAUAAACUCUGUCAUCAUGGACAUACUAGCCUCCGCUGCGGUUACAGAGAUUUGUAAGUUAGUAGAAGAUUGCUGUGGAGCAUUACGUGCAGAAGUCUCUCAAAGCAAAGAGCAAAUCAAAAUACUACAGAAGCAACUCACCCUGGCUGAGUCGAGUUACGGUUCAGCGAGUUGCAAAGAAGGUCAGACGCCUGUCAGCAGCGGCUCACCGAUAAAUAACUGUAUUUCGGGCAAUUCCCCCGCGGCCAAUGAAGAUGAUGCGGACGACACUCACGAUGACGAAGAUUUUCAGCAGUUCUUUGUCUCUGAAGUGGAGUUUCCCCCUGAGCAGCAGCAUUGUAAGCAGGAGUGGAGCCCCAGUCUGGGGCAAGAUGACUGGAACCCCAUACAGAUUAAAGAGGAACAGGGGGAAUUCAGUAUCAUCCAGGAGGAGGAAGACACUGUAUUCACUCCUACCUGGGUGAAAAGUGACUUUGAUCAGUACUCAACUCAGUCCUCACAAACCCAAAGUGAAAAAGACAGAAUGGACUCGACUGAACAGAUCAAAAGAGAACCUAAGGAAGAUGAUUCAUGUACAGAAAAAGGACAAAGCUCAAAGGGUAGAAAAUCCAUGGAUCCGAAAUCACCAGUGGAAAGGAGACACACAGAAGUGCAACCAUUUUGCUGUAGUGAUUGUGGGGAACGUUUCACUCAGAUGGGAGAACUGGAUGCUCAUAGGAAGGCUCACACAGCAGAGAAACAGCAUCGCUGUGGUGAAUGUGGCAAAUGUUUUACUCAAGUUGGGUAUCUGAACUAUCACAGAAAGACGCACACAGGGGAGAAACCUCAUCGCUGUCAUGAUUGUGGCAAAUGUUUCUUUCGAGUUGGUGAUCUGACACUUCAUAUGAGGAUUCACACAGGGGAAAAACCGCUUUGCUGCCAGGUCUGUGGCAAAUGUUUUGCUCGUCCUAGUAAUCUGAGGUCUCACAUUAGAAUUCACACAGAGAAAUCUUACAGCUGUCAUUAUUGUGGCAAAUAUUUUCGUCAUAAAGGUAAUCUGACAGCGCAUAUGAGGAUUCACACAAGGGGAAGUAAUAUUGUCGCUAUAGUAGCAGAUCUUUCACCACUGGCGAUAAUCACAUGAGCGAUUAAAAAAAAAAAAAAAAAAAAGUAUAUUGCUGUCAGGAUUGUUGUAAAUGUUUCACUAAUUGUUAGAGUAUGAGGAGACCGAGGUGAGGAACCACAUGCUACCAUGACUGGCAAAUAUUUCAAUCUUAGGUCUUCUGAGAUCUGUUUUGUUCGAGGCAUGGUUCACAUCAGGCAAUGCUUCAUGUGAAUAGCAAAAUCACAUUUUGUGAGUUUUUUUUAAUUUAUUUCAGGGCAGCUCUAACCAACAUCUCAAAUCUCGUCUCAUUGAUUGGACGGCAGGUUAGUUGAGUCCUGACUCCAAUUAGCUUUUGGAGAAGUCAUUAGCCUAGUGGUUCAAAUACUUUUCCCAACCUAUACCGUGAAUGUUUAGAAUAAUAUAUUCAAUAUAGACAAGAAAAAUACAAUUUGUGUUAUUAGUUUAAGCACAUUGUGUUUGUCUACUGUUGUGACUUAGAGGAAGAUCCAGGUAAUUCCAAAGGGUUCACAUACUUUUUCUUGCAACUGUACUCCUCUAGCAGAUACACACGCCCCUUUUUAAACUAUUCAAAGUCAAAGAUAGAUCCAACCCUUGGCUUUCAUCUUAGCUCAUUCAGAUUAGAAGUCGGACCUGGGCCAAUUCAAGGAAAACUGACUCUGUAGUGGACUGGCAAUUUAGUCCACUACAGCCUCUAGCUGACACGAUGGUUAACCUGUCAACUUCUAGUGAAUCUUUUGUUUUCAUUUCAACAAUUUACUAUCUGUGACGUGCUAGAUGCCUUUUCUUAACAUUGAUGUUUUUAAAAAAUCCCCUGUGACUGAUAUUCUUGAUACAUUUUUGCUGCAGCUCACUGCCCCCCUGAUUGCUGUAUUAUUAACCCAUAUUUUUAACCUGACGAUUAUAUAUCUGGUACUACCCUUAAAGUUUGGAAGGCGGCCCAUGUACUUCCCCUUCACUAAGAUGGUGACCCUUGUGACCUAAAUACUUAUUGGCCUAUUUCUAAACUUUCUUGCCUUGCUAAAAUAUUAGAAUACUUGAUUAAUUCUCAGCUAAGAACUUUAUCUUUGAAAUGUUUUCUAAAUGUACAUCAGUUGGGUUUUAGACCAGGUCAUAGCCCUAUCUCUGCUCCAUCCCUAGUUAUAAAUGAUGUGGUUAGCUGUAUAGAUGAAAGGCAACAUUGUGCUGCCCUCUUCAUUAACCUGUCAAAGGCUUUCAGUACUGUUAAUCACUCACUGCUAAUACAGAGGCUUUCAAUUGACCUAGACCAGGCUGCAUGUAACUGGUUUAAGAGUUACUUGACAAAUAUAACUCAAUGUAUAUCUCCUGAUGGUGUUAAAUCAGGUUUUCUGGAUAUUAGGAAAAGGUGUCCUUCGGGUUGAUUCUGGGUCCUGUACUUUUUAUAUUAACAAUAUCAAAUUGUCUGUAAAAAAAAUUGUAACCUGCACUUGUAUGCCAAUGAUACUGUUGUGUAUGCUAUUGCCUCCACCCUGUUGACCAAGCUCUGCCUUCAUUGUAUUGCAAAAAAACUUUAUUGACCUAAAAUUAGUACUGAAAACUAAGUAACAUCUUGUUCUCUAGAGAGCAUAAAAAUAAGUUUGUACUUUGGAUGGUCACUUUUGACCCACUAUUGAGUACUUUCUUCCUUUUGAAGUUAUGAUAAAACAUUUUAUGGAAAAGUUAUGGAAUGAUUUCUUAAAGAGUGGGAACCCUGUUUAAAAAAAAUAAAAAAAUAUCACAAUUA